AAUAAAGAAACCUAAAACAGAUGAAAAACAAUAUCAGGACGACAAAUACGACACCAAUCGUGAUUUAUUUACAAGUGCUGUACCAAUCGCUGGACUCAACUGUGGUGUGCUUUAUUUAAUCCGGGUGGUGUGCGUGCAAUCCAAGCAGCUGGAGCUGUAAACAGCAGACAGUGAGGCGUUCAGUUAUUUGCUUAUGCCUUGAAACAGAAUACGGAAUACGCAAUAAAUAAUCAGCGACCUUCCCACACACAUACACAUACGCAAACACAGACACACACAGGCACACACACACAUAGCCAGGCAGAGUAAGAGCGUGAGUGUGUGUCUGCCGGGCGGAUUGGGGCGGGGGGAGAUCGUUUUGAGGCAAUAGCGCGCAGAUAUCGUGGCGCGCUAGAGCCCCCACUAACUGAUUCACACAGUUCUCAAUUCAUUCAAUUCUCGAUCUUUAAUUCCACUUUCGAUUCGAGAACAAGACUAUCAAUUGAAACAAAUAUCAGCCGAUUUCGUCAGUUGACUGCAAGUGGAACAGCUGAUAAUGCCGUCGAGAUCUGCUGCCGCUGAAGCGGCUGCCAAUUGCAAUGCCAACGGUCAGCCGCUAGUGAAGAUUGGCCAUUAUUUGCUUGGUGCCACACUCGGAACGGGUACAUUUGGCAAAGUCAAGAUUGGCGAACAUCAGAUCACGCGCCUUAAGGUCGCUGUCAAGAUACUCAACAGGCAGAAGAUCAAGAGUCUCGAUGUCGUAGGCAAGAUACGUCGUGAGAUACAAAAUCUCAAACUCUUUCGGCAUCCGCACAUCAUCAAGCUCUACCAGGUCAUCUCAACGCCCUCGGAUAUUUUUAUGAUUAUGGAAUAUGUGAGCGGUGGCGAAUUGUUUGACUAUAUUGUGAAGCACGGCAAGCUGCAGGAGCAUCAGGCCCGGCGCUUCUUUCAACAGAUUAUAUCGGGCGUGGACUACUGCCAUCGGCAUAUGAUCGUACAUCGUGAUUUGAAGCCUGAGAACCUGUUGCUGGAUCAUAACAUGCAUGUGAAGAUCGCUGACUUUGGACUGUCCAACAUGAUGCUCGAUGGCGAGUUCUUGCGCACCUCGUGCGGCUCACCAAACUAUGCGGCGCCGGAGGUUAUCUCGGGCAAACUGUAUGCGGGCCCCGAGGUGGAUAUUUGGUCAUGUGGCGUCAUUUUGUACGCCCUGCUCUGCGGCACGUUGCCGUUUGACGAUGAGCAUGUGCCAUCGCUAUUUCGCAAAAUCAAAUCCGGCAUCUUUCCCAUACCGGAGUACCUUAAUAAGCAGGUGGUCAACUUGGUGUGCCAAAUGCUGCAAGUGGAUCCGCUCAAGCGUGCCACCAUCGAGGAGAUCAAGAAGCACGAGUGGUUCCAAAAGGAUCUGCCCGCCUAUCUGUUUCCAUCGUCCAUCGAGCAGGACUCGAAUGUCAUCGAUACGUAUGCCGUGUCCGAGGUCUGCACCAAGUUUGGCGUCAAAGAGUCCGAAGUGCACAAUUCACUGCUGAGCGGUGAUCCUCACGAUCAGCUGGCCAUUGCCUAUCAUUUGAUAAUUGACAACAAACGCUUUGCGGACGAUGCCGCCACGCAGAUAAGCGAAAUCAACAAUUUCUUUGUUGCCGGCUCACCGCCGCCUACGUCCACAUUGACGCACUCACCACAUGAGCCUCGCACCAGCGGGGCAGAGCCACAGGUCACAAUAAUUGCUGGCGGCACGGCGGCCAGUUCGGGCACCGCCACGCCCGUACACAAUGGUACACCCGGCAGUGUGGGCGCUGGCAGCGGCAUAAGACCGCACCCGGAGCGCAUUGCACCCAUGCGUGAGCGUCAGUUGGCGAUGUCGGUGCAGAAUACAGGCGGCGCCGCUUUUCCGGAGAAGGCGCCACGCGGUGGCACGCCCAUCAAGCGCGCAAAAUGGCAUCUGGGCAUAAGAUCGCAGAGCAAGCCGAAUGACAUCAUGCUGGAGGUAUAUCGUGCCAUGAAGGCGCUCAACUAUGAGUGGAAGAUCAUCAAUCCGUACCAUGUGCGUGUGCGGCGGCAGAACAUAAAGACGGGCAAGUUUUCGAAGAUGUCGCUGCAGCUGUAUCAAGUGGACACCAAGAGCUAUCUGCUUGACUUCAAGUCAUUGACCAACGACGAGGUGGAACAGGGCGAUGAUGUCAUCAUGGAGAGCCUAACGCCGCCGCCCCUAAGCGCCAGCGGCGUGAUGCCACUGCAGCCAACUGGCCACCACACCAUGGAGUUCUUCGAGAUGUGUGCCGCACUCAUCAUACAGCUGGCGCGCUAAGCUAGCCUUACCAAAAUUUCGUUAAGCCGAAUGAUAAAAAUAUAUACAUUAUUUCAUACAGACAUAUAAAACAUAGAGUAUACCUAUACUGAAGUACUUUGUGAUUGCAUUCGGAAUUCUUAAGCUUCAUAUUGUUAUAAACCACGUAAUCCUAGCCCUGCUGCUCGACAAUGUCAGUGUCAGUGGCAGCGGCUGGGUUAUUUUAUUAUUCGUAAGCCGUUGAUAUACAUAUAUCCAUUAGUUUAACAAAAACAAAAACAAAAAGAAAAGCAACAAGUUAGACGCUUUAUCCAUUUUAUGUCAUUUUAUGUGUUGAAUGCCCUUUUAAUUAUUAGAUACAUACUAUAUUACC